AUGUCAACAGAUUGGAUCUCAGCAUUUGGCACAGGAGGGCUUCCUGGUGAGCCUUCCUUGAUGGAAGAGCUUGACAUCAAUUUGCCUCAUGUUUGGGACAAAUCCUUGGCUGUCCUGAAUCCCUUUCACAAGUUUUCUCCCGAUCACCCAAAGGAUGCCCAUAUGAUGGACGACACAGAUCUAGCCGGGCCCCUUUUGUUUUGUUUUGUAUUCGGAAUGUUACUUCUUUUGUCGGGCAAGUCGCAGUUUGGCUAUGUCUAUGGUGUGGGCUUAAUGGGUGUGAUUUCCAUCUACCUCAUUCUCAACCUCAUGUCGGACGGUGGUAUUGACGCCUCGCGUGUGACUAGUGUGCUUGGAUACUGCCUUCUUCCUCUGUGCUUACUGACGAUCAUCAAUGUCUUCAUUAAACUCAAUGGCACCCUUGGCCUGAUCAUUUCGCCAUUGUUUAUAUUGUGGUGUUGCACGUCAGCGUCUGGUAUUUUUGUGUCCAUCUUAAACAUGCAUAACCAGCGAUUUCUAGUUGCUUACCCAGUGGGUUUGUUUUAUGCAUGCUUUGCGCUGUUGAGUGUAUUUGAUGCGGGCGCGAAAUAA